ACAGGAGGAGUUUGAGUGCUUUGCCACUGCUGUACCUCCUCUCGUAUCCAUGCUGCUUGCCCCUGAGGGACACCCGGAUGCACCAGACAUCCCGACCCCGCGCUCUUACGCAGAGGCGAUAGAGGGUCCCUACUCCUCUCAGUGGCAGGCAGCCAUGGACGCCGAGAUGGCUUGCUGGAAGUCCACAGGCACCUACGUCGACGAGGUUCCCCCGCCUGGGGCGAACAUCGUCAGUGGCAUGUGGAUCUUCAGGGUGAAGCGGCCGCCGGGUUCUCCGCCUGUCUUCAAGGCGCGUUACGUUGCACCGUGA